AUGUGAGUUUGAAAGCGUCGGAACAUGUCCUCCGGUUUCCUGAUAUCCUGUCCGAAUUUAUGUUAUUUCAAUUUCCACCAUUUUAAUAAUAAUAAUAAUAAUAAUAAUAAUAAUAAUAAUAAUAAUAAUAAUAAUUACAAUUACAUGAUUCUCACAGAUUUGCCUCGUUGUUAAUCAUCUCCACAGCUUUUCCCUUUUCUCUCUAUGUGAUAAAGCCGCUGGAUUCUGUACAUUUCCCCUUUUCUGCAGAUCUAUUUUCAAACCAAAAUACCAAAUCGAUACUUUAGGAAAUAAUGUGGGACAAGCUUGGUUGGUAUUUGCGGAAUCUACAAUGUCUCUCAGCAAGGGGUUUCAUGUUCCAUUAUAGCUAAAUUUUGUUAGAGUUAUUGGUUUCCGUGGAAUUUGAAUACCUCAUGACUUUAAAUGCAGAGUAAAAGCAUCUUGUAUUGUGGUUUUCCAGCUAUAACGUUUUCUUGCUUUGACCGCGAAAACUGUCAUUAUUUGUUGAUUUUUGUGUUUCUGUUAUUAAUGUUCUUGAAUUUGGAGUAUGUAUGUAUGGGACAUUGGGUUUGUCUCUGUGCUGUUAACAUUUGAAGAUCAUUAAUCUGAAGGUUUUGGGUUGGAGGGCUUGUAUGGAUAAGGAUAAGUCUUCGUUGCCUCCAUCGGGGAGAUACUCAUUAUUUUCACAUCCUGGUAGUAGUUCCAAUGUAAAGUCGGAACAACCUGGAUUAGUAAAUUUACCUCCCUUAGGACCUGGAAAUGCUUCAGAAUCGGGUCAUUGUGGUCAUGGUUUGUCGGUGGAGUCAAGCCUAUUUAGUAAUGAUAUAAGCCGAAUGUCUGAUAACCCACCUAGAAAAUUUGGUCACCGACGUGCCCACUCAGAAAUUCUUACUCUUCCUGAUGAUAUUAGCUUUGAUAGUGAUCUUGGUGUUGUUGGACUAGAUGGACCGUCUCUGUCAGACGAGACUGAGGAAGACAUCUUCUCAAUGUACCUUGACAUGGAUAAGCUCAAUUCUUCAUCGUUGUCUUCUGAUUUCCAAGUGGGUGAGUCUUCUUCAGCAGCUGCAGCUUCAGGUUCAUCACAAACGCAAGGAAUGACAUCAGGGACAAAUAAAGUUGCUCCUACUGUUAGUGAGAAGCCAAGAGUUAGACAUCAGCAUAGCCAGUCCAUGGAUGGUUCAACUACAAUCAAACCAGAGAUGCUCAUGUCAGGAGUGGAAGAGCCAUCUUCAGCUGAAACUAAGAAAGCGACGUCUGCUGCUAAGCUUGCUGAACUUGCUCUUAUUGAUCCGAAACGUGCCAAGCGGAUUUGGGCCAACAGGCAGUCAGCUGCAAGAUCAAAGGAAAGGAAAAUGAGAUAUAUAGCAGAGCUUGAGAGAAAAGUUCAGACUCUGCAAACGGAAGCAACUACUUUAUCUGCUCAGUUGACCCUGUUGCAGAGAGAUACAAGUGGCCUGACUGCUGAAAACAGUGAACUUAAACUGCGCUUACAAACAAUGGAACAACAGGUGCACUUGCAAGAUGCAUUGAAUGAUGCUCUAAAGGAGGAGAUACAGCAUCUGAAAGUGCUAACUGGGCAAGGCAUGGCAAAUGGCGGACCUAUGAUGAACUUUCCAGCAUCUUUUGGAGGCAAUCAGCAGUUUUACUCUAACAACCAGGCGAUGCAUACGUUGUUGGCUGCACAACAGCUGCAACAGCUCCAGAUACAUUCUCAUAAGCAACAACAUCAGUUUCAGCAACAUCAGCUCCACCAGUUUCAGCAGCAACAGCAGCAGUUGCAGCACCAGCAACAACAGCCUCUUAUACAGCAGCAGGAACCACUGUCACAAGCCAGUGAUGUGAUGUCUCUGGCAUCUGCUCACAAUGGCAAUGCUUCUGAUGUUAGUUCUGUAGCAAAGGAUUGAAAAGCUGGUGUUCAGACAGUAAAGAGUUGGGUGUAUGUUUUGAAAGUAUUUUCUCUAGCUCAUUUGGUGUUGCAAAAUCAUCAUGUGUUAAAAACACAUCUAGCUCAGGUUCUUGCUUUCAAUUAGCUUCAUCUGCAUUUUAGUACUUUGUAGGGUCAUGUUCUCAUAGUUGGAAUUGUUCAAAUCCCAUUCUAUGCAUGUCAUUUUGUCAACAAGCAGCAUGGUUCUUUAUGUUACCAGUAUUUUGGUGGUAGUUUUUUUGAACAUCAAGCACUGUUCUCUCUCA